AUUUUCACCUCGGCACCUUCUUCGUUUCUUCUGCAUUUUCUUCCCACUUUCUUACCUUUCACCACUCUCCACCGACACAAUUUUUUUCAUCUUCCCAUAAAAUACCCUUCUCUUUUCACUUAAUUCCUUCCUUGCCCCCAUAAAAAACCAGAUCCAAUUUUCUCUCCAAUAUUCCCUCAUAUACAACUUCACCCUAGAUGACAGAAAAAUCCAAUCCCCCAAUUUCCCAGCUCCAUUUUUCCACUUGAAGAAAAACCCUCUAAUUUCGGGAAUUGGGGUUUGUGUUUUCCUUCUUCUUCUUCCCAAAUCGGAUUCUGCUUUCUUCAGCUAGGGUUUUAAUAAGCCCGCCAUGUUGGAACGGGUCCUCGGCCCGCGCUACGCGAGGCAAUUCCAGCGAAUCGUCCGCAAGGGUAAGCUAACCCUCCUCUGCCUCGUCCUCACGGUGGUCGUUCUCCGCGGAAAUCUCGGCGCCGGAAAAUUCGGUACGCCGGAGAAGGAUCUGGACGAGAUCCGUGAAACGUUCUCCUACAUCCGCCGCCGCGCCGAACCCCGCCGCGUCCUGGAAGAGGCGACGACCGCCGUGGAGCAGAAAUCGGGUGGAGGUACCGACAAUGGCGGAAACAGCUACGCCGAGUUUGAUAUAACCAAGGUUUUGAAGGACGAAGAAGACGGCGUCGAGGAAUUCAAGCGGGAUCCAUCCCAGCCGUACGCUCUCGGCCCGAAAAUAUCCGAUUGGGAUCAGCAGAGAUCCGAAUGGCUGACAAACAACCCUAAUUACCCCAAUUUCAUCACCGACAAAAAACCUAGGGUUUUGUUGGUCACCGGUUCUUCCCCGAAGCCAUGCGAGAAUCCAGUGGGAGAUCACUACCUAUUAAAGUCGAUAAAAAACAAGAUCGAUUACUGCCGACUCCACAGCAUCGACAUCUUCUACAACAUGGCUUUGCUCGACGCGGAAAUGGCAGGGUUCUGGGCGAAGCUGCCGUUGAUCCGGAAGCUUCUCCUCUCCCACCCUGAAAUCGAGUUCCUGUGGUGGAUGGACAGUGAUGCAAUGUUCACUGACAUGGCUUUUGAGGUACCGUGGGAGAGGUACAAAGAUCACAACCUCGUUAUGCACGGGUGGAACGAAAUGAUUUAUGACGAGAAGAACUGGAUCGGUCUGAACACGGGUAGUUUCUUGCUUAGGAAUUGUCAGUGGUCUUUGGAUAUGCUCGACACGUGGGCACCUAUGGGGCCCAAGGUAAAGAUCCGAGAAGAAGCAGGGAAGCUUCUUACGAGGGAGUUAAAGGGUAGGCCUACUUUCGAAGCUGAUGAUCAGUCUGCAAUGGUGUAUAUACUUGCUACUCAGAAGGAGAAAUGGGGGGAUAAAGUUUAUCUCGAAAACCACUAUUAUCUUCACGGGUAUUGGGGGAUUUUGGUCGAUAAAUACGAGGAUAUGAUUGAGAGUUAUCACCCUGGAUUUGGUGACCAUAGAUGGCCACUUGUCACUCAUUUUGUGGGUUGUAAACCGUGCGGAAAAUUCGGUGAUUAUCCGGUUGAAAGGUGUUUGAAGCAGAUGGAUCGGGCGUUUAAUUUCGGGGAUAAUCAGAUUCUGCAGAUGUACGGUUUUACUCAUAAGUCGUUGGGAAGUAGGAGAGUGAAGAGGGUUAGGAACGAAACGAGCAAUCCUCUUGAAGUGAGGGAUGAGCUUGGAUUGCUUCACCCUGCGUUUAAAGCUGUGAAGGUAGAACCAUCUUCUUGAUUGAUUGCACAUAAUAAAAAAAAUUGAACAAAAAAGGAAUGGAUUAGGGUUUGAUUCAAAUCUUGAUUUGGGUUUUUUUUGGAGUUUGGAUCAUACUAGUUGUCGUUUUUUGUCUUUAUCGUUUCGUGUUAUCUAUCACGGUGUUCUUAGGUGCUCGUAUUGUUGUAUUCGUUCUUUUUUUUUAUAGCAACAAAAUUGUCAUGUGACAUGUGACAUAGUUCUUCUGUUACAUAAUUUUGAACCGGUUACUACAAUUUAUUUUCUUCUCUUUCGUGGCGUACGAAUCUAAACGGAAAAGGAUAUUGCCUUUUUAUUGUCA